AUGGCACGAGUCUUCUCCAACUCGGCAAUCGGCGUGAUCCUGCGCCUCGUGUCGGGCGGGCGUCUGUUCACUCCGCGCGAAUAUCGUCGCGAUUUCACCCUCCCGCCGCCCUACCAACUGGCCGCGAGUAAUGCCCUCGCCCAGCAACAGCAGCAGCAAUCGCCCGAGAAGACAGCACCGUCAGCGGAUGGAAGUACGUUGUUCAACCAGGCCCUGCCCCGAGACGACCCAGUCAAGGAAAUUGAUGGGAUCCAAGAUGUCACGCUCCCCACUCCGGCUCCCACGCCGCCCUCGUCGUCGUCGUUGCAGUCGCCCUCGUCGUCGUGGAUUGAGCCCGAAGUCAUGCCCGACGGCACCAUCCUGGUGGAUUGGUACUCGCCCGAUGACCCGGACAACCCACACAAUUGGUCGUUUGCGGCCAAGCUGCUGGUCUACGUCGAGGUGAACCUGUUCACCUUCCUGGUGUUCAUGGCAGCGGCCAUUGUGGCAGCCGAUGAGGGUCAAAUCCAGGACAUCUUCGGGGUCAGCCGUACCGUCAGCUCGCUGGGGCUGGCCCUAUACGUGCUGGGCUAUGGCAUGGGCCCGAUGAUCUGGAGUCCCAUGUCCGAGGUGCCCGAGGUGGGCCGGAACCCUCCCUACGUGAUCUCUGUGACCAUCUUCCUGAUUCUCGCCGUGCCGACUGCCCUGGUCAACAAUGUCCCGGGGUUCUUGAUCCUGCGCUACCUGCAGGGCUUCUUCGGAUCUCCCGGUCUGGCCACGGGGGGUGCUUCCCUGGCCGAUGUGACGGCCAUCAAGAACCUGCCGUAUGGAUUGUACAUCUGGGGGAUGUGCUCUAUCGCAGGGCCGGCCAUUGCCCCGACCAUCUCGGGGUUUAGUGUGCCCGUCAAGGGCUGGCAUUGGGCCAUGUGGGAGAUUCUCUGGGCGGCAGCAUUAUGUUUUGUUAUGCUGCUCUUCCUCCCCGAAACCUCCGGCCCAGCCAUCAUGCAUCUCCGCGCCAAACGCCUCCGCAAACUGACCGGCAACCCAGCCUUCCGAUCGCGCUCCGAGAUCCAAACCCAAAACGCCACCGCCAUGCAAAUCGCCUACGAAGCCCUCGUAAUCCCCUGGAAAGUCAACGCCCUGGACCCCGCCGUCCUCUUCACCACCGUCUACAUCGGUCUCGUCUACGCCAUCUUCUACUCCUACUUCGAAGUCCUCCCCCUCGUAUAUCAAGACAUCUACCACAUGAACCUCGGCCAACUAGGGCUCAUCUUCCUCAGCUGCGUCGUGAGCUCCCUCUUACUAAUCCCCUUCUACUACGCCUUCGUACACUUCUCCCUCAAUAAAGCCUUCCGUCGAGGCGAGUUCCCUCACCCCGAACAUCGUCUCGUCCCGGCCAUCGUGGGAAGCGUGCUCAUCCCCGCCGGAUUAUUUCUCUUCGCGUGGACGUCCCGGGCGUCGAUCCAUUGGAUCGUCCCGACCAUUGGCCUGGUCAUUGAGGUCGCGGGCAUGUCGCUGGUGCUGCAGUGUAUCUUUAGUUAUCUGUCCGUGGCGUAUAUGACCUACAGUGCGAGUUUGUUUGCGAUGAAUGAUCUGGCGCGUGCGAGCUUGGCCUUUGCGGCUAUUCUCUGGUCGGGGCCGUUGUAUGAUCGGUUGGGGGUGGCCAGGGGGACGACGCUGCUGGCGGGGUUGACGGUGGGGUGUAUUGUGGGUGUGUUGGUGUUGUAUUGGUUUGGGCCGUCGCUGCGGAAGAGGAGUCGGUUUGCGGGGUAG